AUGCCCCCUUUGCACUUCGGCGUCGCAAGAAGGUUGUCAUGUUGUAUGUUGAAAGUGCUUGAACUACAGACUUCAUCAAAGCAUCUCUUCCCGCGCAUGCCAGCAACCUUUCUGACCAUCCUUGCAUCUUACCUCGAGCUCUAUCUCCAAUCGAUCCUAGCAGGGGGAAGGGGCAGGGUGAGACCUCGCUGGCAGGUCGACUUGUCGCGCCACUGUGUCGUCACCUCCUCUGCGCCAUUAGAGGCGCCACCUCUGCGUCCACCCCCACUAGGCAAGGAGCUCGAGGUGAACAGGCAGUGUGGGAAGGCGAGAGGAAGCAGGAGCUCGUCCCUCCUCCCAUGGCUUCCUUGUGGAUCGGAGUAUAAGGAGGACAACACGUGCCUGUUGCAGGCGGCUCGAGCAACGCGAACUAGGCUCACUGAUGGAGUAUGCCUAAUCUUGGACUGCAUUUAUUGCCUGGUGUGGGGUGCUUUGGAUGGUGGUCUUGAUAUUCCGCACAGUGACAAGAGAUUUGGUGGCUUCGAGACGGAUGAUAAGCAGUUGGACACUAAGAUUCACCGCAAAUUCAUUUAUGAAGAUCAUGUUGCUGACUGCAUGAAGUUAAUAGCUGAUGAGGAGACUGAGAAGUGCCAAUUUCACUUUAGUGGGUACAUCAAGAAGGGGAUUGCGGCUGAUGACAUGGAAGCACUGUACAAGAAGGUUCAUGCUGCCAUUUGUGCUGAUCCUACCAUGGCAAAAUCAACCAAGGAACCUCCGAAGACGCACAAGAGCUCAAAAUUAAGAUGUUGUCAAUCCAAUAAGAGAAGCCAAGGAGAUAUUGGCGAUCGUGUGGUGCGCGACCUUAUACUGGACCAUGAAGUUUACCAGUUUCAAAAUGUAUCCAAGAUUGCAGGGAAGUUAAUUACACCAUCAGUGGAAGCUGGACAUAGCCCCUCAGGUAAUUUACAUGUUGGCAAGGACUUGUUGCUGCAGCCUGGUAAUAAUUGCUUGGCCAAUUUCCCAACCCAAAUCCAGAAACCGCUUCAUCUUUAGAUCUUUACGUGCUUUGAUGAAAUGCCUGAGUGACUAAGUUCUGCACUUUGUUUUUCUUUGUUUUGCUCACGGAUUAACCGAUGGCUGCAGGACCCAUGGAAGCAUUAGGAAUUGGUUCAUAACGUCUUCUAGUGUACGCGUAGACACAAUUCACUUUCCUUUUCUUUUCAAACUUUUUAUAGAUGAUGUGGUUGAGUUACUAAGCCUCUUCUUGCUGUGUCUUCGGCGAGACCGAAGGGUGUGAGCAAUUUCACUGAGGCUGAUGCAAUCUUUGGACCAGUAGUGACGCCGGUGCUUAUAUAUCCCAUGACUCGUUCUUUCAGCUCAAUAUCCAUACACUACUUGUUUGUAUUCUGUAUUCCAGUGCAAAUUAUGAUUGUUGCUAAACACUUCUGCAUGUAAGUGCACUACUCUCUGUACUAAAAAAAUGUCACUGCACUACCAGAAUGCUAGCAUGCAUUCAUUUUUACAAUUGUUCAUCUUAUUUCUUUGUUCGUCACUAAGAUUCAUCUAUGACCACCUCUUUGAGGAGAUCAACUAAUCUUCUUGUCGCAGUUUUUGUUGAAACAUUGAUUAGGUGCUCCAAGAAUGUAUGUGAGCUUGACAUUGUAUUUAACUUCCUCAAGGUACAAUGAUUCUCUUUAUUUGUUAUUUUAUUCUAGAUUGUCACUAUCAUAAUAAAUAAAGUCCAGAAUAACAUUGGUGUUUUUUUUUAUCCUAGCAUGUACUCCCUCCGUUCCUAAAUAUAAGUCUUUUUAGAAAUUUCAGUAAGGACUAUAUACAGAUGUAUACAGACAAGCAUACGCUUUUUUGUAGAUUAGUUGCAUAGUUUCAUAUGUUGAACUGCGUUGUUGAGUGUAGUGUGUAGGCUAUUUCUAGAUUUCUCAGCAGGCGAUCAACGCGGCACAUGUGGAGGCUUUGAGAGCUAUGAGCAGGAGCAGAAGACACAUUACUCUUCACGCCACUCUGAGCAGCCGAGAUGUUGACUGCUGCAUGAAUCCUGAGAUUGAUUUCCACGUUGUAAGGGAAGGGAAGCCUGUUUCAGUUCCUGUAUGAAAGGAUAAAGAAGAAGGGGCAUGCUGUCGUGAUAGUUGCUGAAUGUUUUGAUCAGGAGUUGAUUACCCAGACCGAUGACCAGAACCGAGAGAGCAGGAUGAGUAUGUCAACAUGAUGUUCCUUGA